UUAUAUUAUAUUAUAUUAUAUUAUAUUAUAUUAUAUUAUAUUAUACAUAUUACUUUAUUAUAUUCCGAUUACUGUCCGAGCGGAUGGAGUGUGCAACGGAAGGCCUCCUAUGACGCUAUGACAUGUGAUCCGAUGGCCGGAAUCAAAUGCGAGAAACCCUACCAAUGUGUCCAUUCACAAUGUGGGAUGAGCUUCUGUUGUGUAAAUACAAAACAUCUCAAGCAAUGGAUAGAUCAGAAGGAAGCGGAAGCCGACAUGCAUGACGAUUCGCAAGAAGAGCUUUAA